AUGAACUUGGCGAACGUGCCCUGCGGCCGCCGUCUGGUGGCAGGGCGGCAGACGCGGGUCAAGGGCGGCCAGGCAGCGUACCACGGCCAGUUUCCCUGGUCGGCCUCAGUCCAGCACCACGGCUCACACUUCUGCAUGGGCGCCGUGCUCAACGACGAGUACGUGCUGACGGCGGCGCACUGCUUCGGCGACCGGCCGGCCAGCCAGUUCACGGUGACCGUGGGCGGUCACAACCUGACCAGGCCCGAGGCGAGCAGACACAGCGUGGCCAUCGCCGAGCGUAUCGUGCACGACGGCUACCAGGAGGGCAAGUUCGACGACGACAUCGCCUUGCUGAGGCUGGCCACAAAGCUCACCUGGAGUGACUACGUGCAGCCGGUGUGCCUGCCGCCAGUCGGAGGCGAGAAGUUCACGGGCAAGAGUGCCAUCAUGGCCGGCUGGGGCUAUCUGGACGAGUGGAGGAGAGGUGGAACUCGUCCCGACACCCUGCAAUGGACGGAGGUGCCCGUCCUCUCCAGACAGACCUGCCAGGACUGGUUCACCGAAGCCAAGAAAAGCAUUAAAAUAAGCGAGGGCAAGAUAUGUGCCGGGUACAAGGAGGGCGGCAAGGACAGCUGCCAGGCGGACAGCGGCGGUCCGCUGGUGGUGCAGGUGGGGAAGGAGUACCAGGUGGCCGGCGUCGUGUCGGCCGGCAUCGGCUGUGGCAGGCCCAACCUUCCGGGCAUCUACACCGACCUCACCGUGUACGCCAAGUGGGUGGUGGGCCAGAUCAGCGCCCGCACCAGCUUUUGA